GAUGUUUGGGCGUCUGCAGGAGGAGAGAACUGGCUGGAACCAGAUCUCGCGCUGUAACCCUUUACUUGCCCCGAAGGGGGUAAGGGGACGCAUGCUUGCGACACACACACACUCAAAGUGUGUGUUGAUGCGUGUGUGGACAAAGUGAAAGAAAUUGAACAGCUCACACACACAUACACACACACACACAAGGAUACGAGGAAGUUUCUUCUAUGCUGAAAGUCGCAAAACCACAGGAAUGGUUCCCUGUGGACUCAAGAGACCCAAUGUCUUGGGCCCCAUCGUAUACACAGAGGCCCCAGAUGGAGGCUGGGGAUGGGCAGUGGCCGUGGCCUUUUUCGUGGUCGAGGUCUUCACCUAUGGCACCAUAAAGAGCUUUGGCAUCUUCCUCCAAGACCUGAUGGAGGAGUUUGGGGAGACCAACAGCCGUGUGUCCUGGAUUGUUUCCAUCUGUGUUUUUGUCAUGACCUUCAACGGUCCUCUCUCCUCCAUAAUGACCAACCGAUUUGGCUUUCAACUUGUCGUCAUGGUCGGAGGUGUACUCAUUUCCUUGGGCACCAUUACUACCAGCUUUACCACCUCAGUCAACCAAAUGUACAUCACCUAUGGUUUUCUCGCAGGUCUUGGCUACAGCCUGACCUUCCUGCCCACGGUGACAAUCCUAUCACAUUAUUUUACACGGCGAAGGUCACUGGUCACAGCUGUAGCAUCGACUGGAGAGGCUCUGUCCAUGUUUGCUCUCGCCCCAGCCUUCUCCUUGCUGAGGGACCGUAUUGGCUGGCGGCACACCAUGGCAAUCAUAGGAGCCUUACAAGGCACUAUCAUCAUUUGUGGGGCUCUGCUGCGGCCAAUCAUAAUCAAACCCCAGCAAACCCAAGAAAGAGAACUUGACAGAUCCCCCCUAAAGAACAUACAACCCCAAAGCACACAUGCGACUGCUAAUGAGGUCCAAUAUGGAAAUGUCAACAGCCAUCCAGAGGAGAGGACUUUAUUAGAGAAGGAAGCAAUGUUAGAGUUGCCACGAUGUAUUAAGGAAGAAGCUGAAUCCUGGAGCAACGAUGUAGAGAAACAAGUGAAUAAAGGUGAUGAGAAACCUCCUGCAAAGAACGUUAAACUUCUCGACUUCUCCAUCCUCAAAGAGUGCAGCUUCAUCCUCUACUCACUCUUUGGUCUGUUUGCCACACUGGGCUUCUUUGCCCCUCAACUCUACAUCAUUGAGCUGAGCGUGAGUCGAGGCGUUGAACGGGACCGUGCCACCUACAUGCUGUCCACAAUGGCUGUGGCUGAAAUCCUUGGUCGCUUUUUAAUCGGAUGGGUUCUAACACAAAAGACGAUCCGAAAGAAGAAGCUCCUCGCCCUGCUGGUUUGUGUGAUUUCCAUGGCGGUGGAUCUGGUGGGAUUUACUCUGGUCACCGAGUUUUACGGUCUGGGAGUUUGCUGCGCUGUGUACGGGUUCUUCAUGGGGACCCUCGCAUGUACGCAUAUUCCCAUGCUGGCAGAAGAUGACGUGGUGGGCUUAGAGAGGAUGUCCUCUGCUGCUGGAGUUUAUGUGUUCAUACAAAGCUUUGCUGGACUGGCUGGACCCCCACUUGGAGGUGUGUUGGUGGACGUAACUCAAAACUACGGAUCAGCCUUCUACUCUUGUGCAGCCGGCAUGGCAGUGAGUGCUGUGUUCCUGGGCUUAGUAAGACCUGCCAAGAGAGGACUGCUUUGUAGGAAGAGAACUAGACUACUUGAAGGCACGCAAGAUGAAGUGAAAGAGGACUUAAAGGAGAAUCCUGAAGUGAACGAAGCGAGUUCAGAUACACAUAAAGACAUGGAUCAAACGCCGGCGGAGGCAUCAAGACGUGAACCGGAGGUCACAAGUUUUGCUUGACAAGUACGGAAUAUAGUUAUCUAAAGAUAGACACUGCAUGAAAUUGGUGGAAAAACAAUUGUUUAAGAUGCUGAUCUGUGUUUGGAUCACAAAUCUACAACAAUUGUGCCUUGCUUACCUAAUAUACCAAAAAGUCCAACAAGAAAGUACACUGUUCAAUUAGCUUUAAUCCAGCAAAGCUGUAGAAAUAGCCUCAGGCCCUAGGAAUCAGGGUCAGUGGAGGAACAUCUUGAGUUACUGUAAUUACCUGCUGGUCAUCCAUAAAUUAGUAGCAGCCGUUAAAACUGUGAAGCCAACAUAGCUGCAAAUACUGUACAUGGCAAUUGCACAGCUUCUGUAACACGAACUCUGCUGAUUGUGUUAUAGAACAUGCAACAAGCUCAGGAGACAUGCGUGAUUCAAAUGUUUAUUUUUUAAUAAGGUGAUCCAUGCACUACUGUGAAACGUCAAAGAUGAACUAUUUUUGUAAUGAAAAAGGUGUUCAGUUGCAAUAAAGAGUGAUUUGAACCUUUUAA